AUGACAGGAGAAAUUGAAACAACCGAAAAACAAAUUACACACGUGCCAACGACCUCAAAUGAGCAGUUAUUUGAAAAUUUAUUAGGAACAUUUAAUGAAGAGGAAGAUGAAUUCGUUCGUGAGGCUUUUGCAAAAGGAAUGGAUCUGCGAGAAUAUGCUAGAAAUAUCGAAAAAGAAUUAAGUGGAAUUGAAAGAGAACAUGAAGUUGAUUAUAUUAGUCAAGCAAAAAAUUUUGUAGAAUUACAUAACCAAAUUCAGUCCUGUGAUCAAAUAUUAGCAACAAUGGAAGAUAUGCUAAGUGCUUUUCAAAUGGAUUUAGGAAAUAUAAGUUCAGAGAUUCAAACUUUACAGACCAAAUCAAUUUCGAUGAAUAUCAGACUUAAAAAUCGAACAGCAGUUGAACAAAAAUUGAAUACUGUUUUGGAAGGGACUGUUAUUCCUCCGCAAAUGAUCAAAAAAAUUACUGAAGGGGACGUUGAUGAAAUUUGGCUUUCUUAUUUAACCGAAUUAAAUAAAAAGAUGACUUAUGUCAAACGCAAUCAAAAAAAGAAUGUUAAAGCAAUCAAAGAUGUUGGACCAGAAUUGGAAAAAUUACGAUUAAAAGCAACCGAAAAAAUACGGGAUUUCCUUUUAACAAAAAUUAGGUCGCUUCGUAUACCUAAUACUAAUAUUCAGAUUUUACAACAAUCAAUUUUGUUAAAAUAUAAAACACUUUAUCAAUUUUUAAUGGAAAGAUAUAGUGAUGUUGCUAUAGAGGUUAUGCAUACUUAUGUUAACACAAUGCGUUGGUACUUUUUCAAUCAUUUUGAAAGAUAUAAUAGAGGACUACACAAAUUACAGAGUGUUCGAAAAGUUGGUCUUUGGGGAACUGGAAAAAUUGCCCUACAAGAUAAAGCAAAUAUUUAUAUUUUAAAGGAUAGAAUUAAAACGCUUCGAAAUCAGGAUGCAGGAGUUAUAUUGGUUCAUGUUGCCGAAAACAAGAGCAAAGGAUAUCCAUAUGAAGCAUUGUUUAGAAGUUUUAAUUUAACCUUUAUAGACAAUGCAAGCUCAGAAUAUCUUUUCAUUGUAGAAUUUUUCGCAAAGGAUGAUAAUCCCAAUGCAGAAUUGGCAAGGGACUUAUUUGCUGAAAUUUUCGAUACUACAAUCAAAAUGGGAUUGGAUUCUACCAAACAAUUUGUUGACAAUAGUUAUGAUGCUAUUGGAAUCCUUCUAUGUAUUAGACUUAAUACACAAUUUGCAUUAGAAUUGCAGAGGAGGAAAGUUCCAGCUUUAGAAGGAUAUACCAAUCAAAUAAACAUGUUAUUAUGGCCUAGAUUUCAGGCUAUUAUGGAUAUGCAUAUUGAAAGUGUUAAAAAGGCUGCUACUAAAUUGGUCGUUAAAGACAUUCACCCACACUUUAUAAGUCGAAGAUAUGGAGAAUUCGCAGCAUCAAUAUUAAUUCUAAAUGAAGAUUACAAUGAUCCAAUUUUGUUAAAUAGUCUUUCAAGAUUAAGAAAUGAAGUUGAACAAUUCUUUGAUAGGAUGUCGAAUAAUUUUGAUCGCAAAAGCCGAAUUAUAUUCUUGAUUAAUAAUUAUGAUCAAAUCAUGACUAUAUUAAAUGAAACUGGUGGUAAAGCUGUAGAAGCAGAAAUUAUACAUUUUAGAGAUUUAUUGAAUGGACAAAUAUCGGGAUUUGUUGAAGAAGAAUUACAACCUUAUUUUGAAAGUUUAAUAUCUUUUAUCAAAAAAGUUGAUCAAGGAAAGGAUUUAACAGCUACGGAGCCGGAAAUAUUUGAUCAAGUAUCAUCGGAUUUUGCUUUAACAUGGAGAAAAUCUAUAGCAUUAAUAAAUACUUCAGUAAUUCAACAUUUCACCAAUUUCAAAAAUGGAACGACAAUAUUACAUGCAGUAUUAGGACAAUUAAUUAUCUAUUAUACUAAGUUUUGUAAUAUUUUAGAAGCAGCAUUAAGAGAUGGUAAAGUUAGAAUUAGACAUCAGCCUGUUAAUGUUCAAAGCGUUAUGCGGCCAACUGAAUAUCAUGAGCAAUAUAAUUUAAUCUCAUUCAUCAUUAUACCAAAGACUAAUUAUCACUUGCUUUGGAAAUCUUUGGAGUGCAAUACUUCGGGUGCUAAAUAA